AAAUGACAGCUCCAAAAUAUGAUGACACCAAUGAAACAUCUCUAAAGAAAUCUGACACCAGAGAAAUGACAGCUCCAAAAUGCGACAACAUUAACGAAAUAAUGACUCCAAAGAAACACAGCACCAGAGAAAUGAUGGCUCCAAAAAAUGACAAUACCAAGGAAAAAUGUGACCACACAAAUGAUG